AUGUCUGAUUUUGUUGCUUUGCGUGUUGGUUCUCCCACUACUCCUCAAUUUUACGAGGAGAUCAUGACCAAAAGGGAAGCUCAAAAAAAAAGAUUUUCUUCCAGAGACCGACCACCUUCUGCUGUCAGAGAAGAACCUCAGGAAGAAUGGAAAGCGAUUCGUAUUAAACUUGUCUCUGAUCAUUUGAAAAAGGGACAAUAUUGUUCGGGUGGCGUGACACAGAUCAAUACCACGCUAAAGAACAAUAUAACUUGCACAGAUCAUGAUGUUUUGACGCCAGAGAAGGAGGAAAUUCUUGUUAAGAAGAUUCUUCCUGAGGCAAUUAAACUGCACGAGGAACGUCUUUUUGUUAAACGAUUGAAUGGUCCUAUUGUCGUGCCAAAGUUCUCUGAUGAGAACCUUUGUUCCCAGUUCACUACACCAACAUCUGCUGAUAAAAGUACUGAAAUUUCCGAUGCUGACAUGGUGCUGUACGUUGCUGCAGAGCCGACGCCUGAGGGAACAUUUGCGUGGGCGGCAACAUGUGCGACAUUAAGUUCUAAUGGCCGUCCAGUUAUUGGAAUCAUUAAUUACGGUCCACGGUAUAUUGUGGCUACACCACAGCGUGUCCGCGUUGCUGCUCAUGAGAUUGCUCAUGCACUUGGAUUUAAUGUCCCUGAGAUGGAAAGGAUGCAGCUGGUAGGUAGAGUUGACUCUUUGCGUGGUAAGACAAACGUUGCGCUUGUCGCCUCUGACAACACACGGAGAGAAGCAAUGAAGCAUUACAACUGUGAUUCUGCAAAGGGCAUGGAACUACAAAACACGCCAAAUCCGCAAAAAACAAAUGGUAGAGGAGGAUCUGGAGGUGAAAGGAAGGUCCAACAGCACACGGCACCUGCAGGUAUAACACCAUCUCGAGAAGCUGGCUCUUUAAAGCAUAGUCUGCGACUAGAGCAAGAUGCUCGUGGAGUACUAUCACGACCGCCACUACCACGACAACAACUACUGCCAAGAAGAGAACGACUACAACAACGACAAGGGCACCUACAAGCGCCGCGCGUUCUGACUGCAAGCGUACAAGAGGAAUAUCAGCUGGGAGUAUCCCACAGUAAUGUUAUGGAUGGUCGUUUGACAGGGAAGGAGUCUGUUGGCAGUGAUGUGCAAGAGAGACGUGGAGAAGAGGGUUCCAGUGCUGCCAAGUAUACAGAGAAUGUACAUCAUUCAUCAAAUGUCUUGUCGAAAAGACGUUCACUAUACCUUCAAGCUACAGUUGCAGAAUCUACAAACACGUGCGACAAGGGCAAACCAGUGGAGACUGCGACGGGUAAACAGUGUAUUGUUGAGACAAUGCAAGUUCCUCCAAACGGAGAUAAAACCAUUACACGGUCCCACUGGAGUCGUCGUAUUGCAAAGGAUGAAUUGAUGGUUGGUCUCGUCGGUGCUGGUUACUACACUGCAAUUACAAUGGGAGCUUUCGCUGAUCUGGGCUACUACAAAGUUAAUUGGACAAUGGCAGAGCAGAUGAGUUGGGGCAAUAACUCUAAGUGUGAAUUCUUGAAUGAUACGUGCAUGAAGAACGGGGAAACGGACUUCCCCAACAUGUUCUGCACAGCCAAGAGCGGUGAUAUCCCUGAGUCACUACAGUGCACAUCUGACCGCCAGUCACUGGGGAGGUGCAGCAUUCAACCCUAUGAGAGGAACAUUCCACAGCAGUUCCAAUAUUUCUCUGAGGAAAAAAAGGUUGGUUCAGCACCAUCUGAACAAAUGGAUUACUGCCCUUUUAUUAAGGCAUUACCGCAAAAGAGCUGCAUCAGUGGGGAGCAGAACCAAAUGCCUGGAAGUAAGAUUGGUAUCAACUCACGUUGUGUGGAGGGUAAUGAACUAAGGGCUGACAACAAUGCAGCUGUUGGUGCCGUGUGUGUGGAGGUGUCUUGCAAGUUCAACAAGGUAAUUGUGCGGUACAGUGGAGAUGAAGAAUGGCACAGUUGUCAUGAAGGAGAAAAUCUAACUGUGAAGGGGGAUGUGCUGAAAGGUGAAAUUGUGUGCCCCAAAUACGCUGAUGUGUGCAAUACAAUCAACAAAACUCUGGAUGAAUCACAAGGUCCACAAAAAGACCCAGACAUUGUUGAAGCAAUCCAAACAACUCUACCAGAAGGUGAGACAACGUCUGCACUGUCAGAUGGUAAUCAACCGGCCACUGGAACCCCCAAACCAAGUGAAAAUGCUGGUAACGAGGGUGAGACUGCGCCGGUGGUACAAAAUGAUGCAAGUACGACUAAAUCAAAACCAAGCGAAACAAAGGAAGAAAACAUUACCUCUUUUUUGAAUGGGCAGAAUAAUAAUAUUAUUGCGGGAAAAGGUACUGAUGGUUGUUUUAAAGCUUCUGUUUUCGCGAGUGUUAUGUUUGUUUUCUUGACACUCUCUGUGAUAAUGUCGCCAUGA